CCUCUGCAGGCACUCAUUCACUCAGGGUCCCCGGGAAGGGCUUGUCAGUAUGGGUGGGUCCAAGGUAGGACAGUCAAAAUAUUCAGCAUGGUAGGAAACAACUCCGUGCCCGAGGGACCCCAAUAGUCAGCGUGUGUCAGGGGCAGGAAGGCAGCCGUGAAGCCUAGACAGGUGUGGACACGCACAUGUGUGUUCCUGGCCACGUGUUUGUGGACUUUGAGGCAAAAUUUUUGUUUUGGUUUCUGGGGUAAAGUUUCCAUUCAACAUUUUCCUCUACUGUUUAAAUUUUUUUAAUUUUAAAUUACAAAACUCUGACUAGAAAAAGUGCAAUACCUUUGAACCGACUGGGGCAGGCAGUGGACAGCAGAUGGAUCCGGUGGCCAACAGCUGCGUGAGGAACCCCCAGCCCCCAGCCCCUGUUUGGGGCUGCCUUCGAAACCCCCACUCGGAAGAUAGCAGCGCCUCAGGGCUGUCCCAUUAUCCCCCAACCCCGUUUUCCUUCCACCAAAAAUCAGACUUCCCAGCGACAGCAGCAUACCCCGACUUCUCUGCUUCCUGCCUGGCAGCCACCCCACACAGCCUGCCCCGGACUGAGCGAAUCUUCAACGAGCAGCAUCCUGCCUUCCCACAGACCCCUGACUGGCACUUCCCCAUCUCAGAAGCCGGGCAGAGGCUCAACCUAGGCCCAGCUGGGAGCGCCAGGGAGAUGGGAGCCGGCAGCCCCGGCCUGGUGGAUGGCACAGCAGGAUUGGGGGAGGAUUGCAUGGUACUUGGGACGAUCGCCAAUGAGACGGAGAAGAAAUCAUCCAGAAGGAAAAAAGAGAGGUCAGACAACCAGGAGAACGGAGGAGGGAAGCCAGAAGGCAGCAGCAAAGCCCGGAAAGAGAGGACGGCCUUCACCAAGGAGCAGCUGCGGGAGCUGGAGGCAGAGUUCGCCCACCACAACUACCUGACCCGGCUCCGGAGAUACGAGAUUGCCGUCAACCUGGACCUUUCUGAGCGGCAGGUCAAAGUCUGGUUCCAGAACCGGAGGAUGAAGUGGAAACGUGUGAAGGGGGGUCAGCCUGUGUCCCCACAGGAGCAGGACCGAGAGGAUGGGGACUCUGCAGCUUCUCCAAGUUCAGAGUAAGAUGCUCCAAAGACCAAAACCAAGAAAGACUGAAGGAACCCCCUUUCCAGUUCCCACCACCCGGUCCCACCCUCUCACAUCUCUGGACCCACCCAGGGCAGCCUGCGCACACUCUAAGGUGUGAAGUUGCCCAGUAUGUGGGAGCCUUGAAUUUCCCAGAAGGCUUAGCUCAGCGUCUUCUCAUCUCAGCAGCCCCUUCCCCAGGGCUUCAACUUCCCACUCUCUCUUGAACUCCACAGGACUGGGAAACUAUAGAAACAGAGCCCGGGACCCUCUUUUCUGGGUCUCUUGGCUGCUACCCAUCCUAGCAUUCCCCUGUUACAUCAAGGUCUCCUCUGGGUCUGGCCCCAUUUGGCCUGUGCAGAAUCUAUUCCUUGGUACCACCUGGUGACUUGUAAAAGCAAACCUCUCUCCAGGUGUUCACACCGUUGAGUUGAAGGUUGAAAGUGGCUCCUGUGUCUAAGGACGGAGAGGAUAGCACAAGAGCUGAUGGAUGAGGACUGAGAUACGUGGACCUUGGAAGUAGAAUGUUCUCGGGCUGCAGCAUCCUGUGUUCUCCAAGGACUCUGACUGCAGAUAAGGACAGGAAAACAACCCAUCUCCCUCCAUGGAAUGCAUUUGGACCUAUCCUGCGUGUUCCCCAAAAGCUUUGUGGGAAGAACUCCCAGGUUCACACAUAUGCGCAGCUCAGAUCUCAGACCCAACUUCUGAGGAUGCUCCUGUGAGGACUGGUGGGAAAACAGCCUCAGGCAACAGUCUCCUUGGACAAGACCCCUGUGUGCCUCAGUAUUAGCUGGUGGGUCUCCCAGAUCCUGCUGAUGUUGCAGAAGGAGGGUCAGCAAGUAUUUGAAUUUCUUGCAUGGAGAUCUGAUUGUGAGUGUUUAAAAAUAACCCCAGUCCCCACCCCAUCAAGACAGAAGCUGUGGAAAAUGGUUGUCAAAUGAGAUGGCAAGUUAGAGCAUGUGUCAGUUUUCCCCUACAGCAUACUUCAUAUGUUUUUUUUUUCCUAAGAUUACAUCAAGCUAAUUGUGCAAGGUCAAUUCACUUUGUAAGAAAACUCUCAGAGAAAUAAAUCAACAACAAAAAAAUGCA